AUGGCUGAUUUACUGCAAAAGGCGAUUCAAGCUAUGUCCUUGGAAGAAGAGGAGCCUUUGACCUUACCCGACAGUCCCCGUUUCAGGGUCUUUGAUGAAAACGAAACAAGUUUGUUGGGGAGGUUGCUGAAUCCCGACUGUCAAUCGAUGGCUAGAAUGAUUGAGUACAUGCCCACGGCCUGGAGAGUGUACGAUAGAGUUCGUGGAAUUGCCCUGUCUCGGGACAGAUUCCAGUUCGUUUUCCAACGAGAAGAGGACCUCGUGACAGUGCUGAAUGAUAGACCUUGGUCCUACAAUCAUUGGACUAUGGUACUAGAACGUUGGACUGCAAACCCUCCAGAUGACUUUCUUCAAUCCAUGUUUGUCUGGAUCCGCAUCCGACACAUACCUGUUAAUUUCUUCACGAUUGAGACUAUGUAUAAGCUCGCGUCUGAGGUGGGCAAGGUUGAGGAAGUAGCUUAUGAUCCAAAGGUGUCGCACACGAAGGAUUAUAUCAGGGCUCUUGUGCUGUUUGAUACGAACAAUCCUGCUAAAGCUGCUCGUAGGCUUAAGGUUAAAGGGGGAACAGUUACUAUUGAGUUUGAGUAUGAGAAGAUCCACAAGCGAUGUUUCCACUGCUUGCGGCUUACUCAUGAGAAGAUUAAAUGCCCUUUUAUCAAGAAAGGAGCUGGUAGAGUGCAGCGAGUCGCUGAAGCCCCGAGAUCAGAACGUAAUGACCAAACUCAUUCAGUUCUCUCAAAUGGCCCCCCUGGUUUUCCUGUGAUGUUUCCGGAGUUGUCUGGUGAAGAUCGUAAGAUGGCGAUGCUCUACAUCUCACAUGCUGACCCGACUGAACGGUUGGCGCGAAUUGAACGUGUUAAGCAAGGGAUCGCAGAUAACCUUGCUGCUUCUUCUGUGCAUCUUACACGCAUCACAAAAGAGCUGGACAAAGGAAAGGGUCAUGUCUUCUCUUACACAGAUCUCUUGCUCUCACAGCAAUGCGGUACUUCUCUUCCACUUGUUGUUGCGCCACAGUAUGGAGGAGAUAAGAUUGAUGAAGAAUCAACCUCUUCAGGGUCUGCUUUCUCUGCUAAAUCAACACCUAUAACUACGUCGGGUUUUCAGCUUGGCCCUUCUUCGGAAGGGCGUGUCACAGGAAGCAUCAGAGGAAACAAGGCCCAAAGGAGACGUCCCCAUUCUUGGAAAAGGAGAGAUUUGGGCAGGGAGGAACUACCUGCUCUUUCAGCUCCCCCAAGCGAACCAGAACUGAUGUCCAGCUCGAAGAGGAAAGCCUUAUCUUCUUUGCCUGCGGCAGAACCCAAAAACAAAAAAGUUUCAGACUCUACGGUGGCUUCCAGUUUGAAGCUGCUGCCAUCCCAAUGA